UGCUCGCGCAGUCACAUGACCUCACGUGGAUCACAUGACGCUCUGUCAGCGACGCGGCGACACAUCUGGAAUAUCUGCUUCACCAGCGGUUUUUUGGUUGUUUUCUUUUUUUUUCCCGACUGCAGUUCGUUAGAAAUAAAUCUGCCAUUUAACAAACAGGCUGGGUCAACAACACAAAUGGAGGCAGGGGGUUUGGAGGACGAAGCAACUUCCUCCAACAGGCAACUUCCACAACAUGAAGUUCACCAGCUGACACAGCAGGAAUCGGUGCACGUAGAGAGCCUGGUCCCUUCACAGAAUGUGCCAUUUGUGGAGAGGAGAGCAGUGGACAAACUCACAGAGGGAUUGCUCUCCCACUACCUGCCAGAUCUGCAGAACUCCAAACGAGCCCUGCAAGAGCUUACACAAAACCAGCUGAUAUUGCUCGACACACUUGACCAAGAAGUCACCAAAUUCAGAGACUGUAAUGCUUCACUGGAUCUCGACUCACUGUUUACAGAGGCAAAGGUUUACCACAGUAAACUGGUGAGCAUAAGGAAAGAGAUGAUGAUGCUCCAUGAAAAGACCACAAAAUUAAAGAAACGAGCUUUGAAGCUGCAGCAACAGAAGCAGAAAGAGGCUUUGGAAAAGGAGCAGCAACGUGAGAAGGAGCUUGAGAGAGAAAGACAACUUAUCGCCAAACCGGCCAAGAGAGCGUAGGAUCACAGCACGCGGCUGCUGGAUGAAAGUACCAUACUAAUGAUUUUUUGUUUUCUUUAAA